CGUCAAUCUAAAACACUCGACAAACUUUCCGUUGCUCGACACGGGGCUUGUGCUCUCGACCUCGACCUUCAAAACCAACCCGCCUGCCUCAUUUCGUCGGCUCUCCGACUCAUUUGAAUCCCCGGGCCUCUUGCGCGCCAGAUCUCCUUCCUACCAUGAUCAAGGAUAGGACCGUCCCAUCACAAUUGGAGGCUUAACGGUCGCUCAUUUGCUUUGCCUGCUUAUUUGGCCCCCAAAUCUGCCAUCGCCGCUUGGACUGAUAUAUACUCCUCCCCUCCCCCCCUCCCCCCCUGCACACUUCCCACCCACCGGUAUCCAUCCACACCAUGUCACAGCAGGAUCUGGACCGUUCUUAUGCUAGAGCGCCGAAUAAUGAUUCCCCCGAACAACAUUUGGUUCACACACGCUCCCGGUCGACUGCCCAUGCGCACAGCCCUAAGCGGCUGUCCGUUUUCAGUGGCCGUUCUCGCAGCAACACCACCAACUCUACCACCUCCUCCCGCCGUUCUCCUGCUUCUUCCAUGACCUCUGUGGAUGCAGCAUCGCUGCCCUCACAUGACGACCGCACAGGCUCUGCGGCCGGUGUCCGCCAUGAACGGCCCGAGAGCGUAACAAAGUCGCUCCUCUCGCGGGGAAGCCGCAUCCUUCGUCGUCAGGGGAGUAAGUUCCACAUUGUCUCCACGCUGGACGAGGAGGAUGAAAUGGAGCGUGAGAAACCUCGCUUCGAAGUCUCGGAGAUAUUCAGCCGCAACAGCAAGUCACGCCAGAGUGAUGCGCACGACCAACUGAAGAGUCUCAUCUCGGAUCCUUUUGACUUUCACCAUCUGACUCAUACGAGUCCGUCUCAGUUCCAAUCAUUGGAGAGGGCCCGGGAAACAGACCUAGUCACUGAGUUCUCUGCCAUCCGUGCCUCCCAGAGACCUGUCACCAACCUAAAAGGCAUUCAGGCUGAGGAUUUGCAUUUCCGUGGCUUCUCAACGGAAGAUCUCACCCAGUGCGGGACGGCCAUUGGCUGUGAUGAAGUUGUAGCCCCUCCGCCAACAAGCCCCCCAGCAUCGCCAAGCGGAUCCUCCACAGUGAGUCCAAAGCAGCUCAGAGCACCAAGAGAAUCGCGCGUCGAAAAUUUUUCGCGACCCGUUCCAAGGUUUCCCAAAUUGGGAUCGACUACCCCGCCACCGCCGCCAAGGGCCUCGUCCCCAAAAUUGGCAUCCUCUCCAGACCUGCCCGAACCAGCUCGCGCCAUUGACGAAAUCCUGGGCCUGUCGACUCAGCCAACCUACCCCGAGCAUGUGUACUCGCAUACAGACGAUGUAGAACCUGGCACAUCCUGGCCUCAGAGCCACAUAGAAGACAUAUUCCAUCCUCCUUCGGGUCAUGUGUUUACGACCACCAUCAGCAAUGAAGCGUUGGAUGCCCGCGCCUCGUCAAUGUCCUUACCAACCUUAUCGUCGGACUUGGAAGAUGUGCCAGAAGAAGAUGAGCCCACUUCCUGGCAUGACGACGAAGUCUCCCCUCGUGCGCCUGCUCGGGCAUUCCCUUCACCUUUAGCUGUGGCGCAAUCCCCUUCCAUUGCUUCCAUGACAGGGUCUAGGUCUGAUUUGUCCAUUUCUGUGGCCGAAGACUUGUCAAGAAAGUUCGCCGAGGCACUCGGGUCACCCACCCUUCCACAGCAUCGUCUGGCCACGAUUGCACCACCGCAAGCGCCCACGGUUCAAGAGCCAGUCCGAAGACGAUCCUCCGUCAACCUGAAGGCCAUCCAUGAAACCAUCUAUGAGUCUUGGGAUGCCGACAUUGACUACUGCUAUGAGCAUGCUGCCGAGUCGAACUGCAACUUUGACUGGACUCGCAAUUCGCUUGACGAAACUCGGCAGGAGGAAGCGGAAGUUACUGUGACCGGGCCAGAUGGGAGCAAUGCGUUGCUUGGGUCGAUGCAUCUGAGCGCCUCGGCCUUGUCCGCUGUAACCAACUCACGCGUAGUAGUGACUUCCACCCUGGACGAUGACGCUCGCAUAGCUGUCACACAGAGGGACAGCGAUUACUUCCAGCCGGUGAGGUUCGCGCCCGCCUUGGGUAAACACAUCAAUCCCGAUUCGCUGUACGAGGAAUACUUGACGGCGGACACAGAGUCAGAACGACACUUCGCCUUCUACUCACAGCCAGGUGUGAUCCAGCCUAUGGAGCAAUCGGUGUCUCCCCGGAGCAGCUUUUCGCCCAUCAGCAAAUGUAACUCACAGGAAAGUUUGAUCUUGUCCCGCGCAGCGUCUGUCGUCCGCAAACAUCGGUCUUCCGUUUCGACUGCCAGCGUCCCCGACCUGGUACACAGUCUAGCAAGCAGCCGCGAGUUCCAGCCAUCGGAGCAAAGGCUCUCCGGCGAACUCUCUGGGAUGGGACGCCCCGAAUCCUCCCACCAUCGACAGACGAAGAGUUUGGCACGCGAACUUGAAGCCCAAAUUUUGUUCCGAGCUGACAACGACGGAAGUCCCGAGCCUGCCGGGUAUGCGGCGACCAUGGCCCCUUCCAUCCACGAUCGGGCCAGGUCCACGACUGAAAUGGAGGCGGGUCCGUUGAUCGCCAGGGCCAUCAAGAAUGACAAGGUCUCCCGGGCCGCGCCUCGGAGGAAAGGCCGGGCAUCUUACUCCCUCUUCCCUACUACUGCAGCCAAUUGAGUUGCUAUGAACCCGAAGACAACAUGCACCACUCAAAAGGAACUCAUACAGACCCCUUAUGCUCCGCAUUCUGCUUCAUUCCAUUCCUCAUCCGUUCACUUAUAGAACUUCUUC